AGUUCCGGGCCCAGCUGAAGACUUUCGAGGAAGAGCUUCCUCAGGUCAUCCGUCUGGCCAUCGGCAGAAUUCUAAAGGAUCACGAGCAGCUCCUCGCCGAAUCCACUGAACAGAUCCGGGGUCACCUGCAGGACCAGCUGAAGAAAUGGACCGCUAUAAAAGACAAAAACAUGGCCCAGUUGCACACCAGUUUGGGCCACCCGGAUAAUAUCCCGGUGCUGGAAGCCCUGUGCCAGAAGGAAGAGAAAAGGCAGGCCGAGCAAGUGGAGAGCAUCCUCAUCUGCACCAAGAGGCUGGAGUGUUUAGGUUCGACUUUCCGAGAAUUUAUGAAGAAAGACGAUGUGGGCAGAAUUUCUGAACGCAAUUAA